AUGGACCAGAAUCACGAAGGCAAGAUGUCCCUGCUCGCCUGGGAGAAGGAGACUGGCAUCAAGCUGGUGCAGAUCAACGGGCAGAGGCGCUAUGGAGGGCCCCCCCCAGGCUGGGUGGGCGGCCCACCGCCGGCCGGCACCGAGGUGUACAUCGCCAGGCUGCCGCAGGACAUCUACGAGAACACUCUGAUCCCGCUGUUCCAGAGCGUGGGGAAGCUCUACGAGUUCCGCCUCAUGCUCACCUUCAGCGGCCUCAACCGCGGCUUCGCCUACGCCCGCUACGCGUCCCUGCAGGAUGCCCGGAGAGCCAUCGCCACCCUGCACCGCUUCCAGCUGCGCCACGGCUGCCCCAUCAUCGUGUGCUGGAGCACGCAGAAGCGUGAGCUCAUCGUCAGCGGCCUGGGCGCCUCGGUGAGCCAGCAGGAGCUGGAGGCCAGGCUGCACAUGGUCACUGAGGGGAUCCACAGUGUCACCCUGCACGACAGCCCCGGCCAGAGUCAGGCCAAGCUUGCUGUGCUGAAAUACAGAUCGCACGAGGCUGCUGCGCUGGCCAGGAAAGCCUUGAUGGAAGGGACCCCGAUGCUCGGGAAAGAAGGGAUCAGGGUGGACUGGCUAGACCCCCAGCUGAAGAAGAAGCUGCAGCUUUAUGAGGAGGAGCCAUUGUCCAGCCGGGUGCAGGGAGGCAACAGCCUGGCAGUGCCCAGGCCGGUGGCCCCUUGUCUGUCGCUGCAGAACGUGCUGGCGUACCUGAACAUGCUCUGCUGGAAGCAUCGCCUGAGGACACCCGUGUUCAUGACCAAGUGUGUCCAAGUGAAACCCAACGGGUGGCAGAAAUUCUGGUACCAGGUGGUGAUCCCAGGAUGCCCUGUGCCCAUUAGUGGCUUCACGUGGGUCUUGUCAGACAUGCAGGGCCAGAGCGAGCACGAGAAGGCCAAGGUGGCAGCAGCCCUGCACAUUCUCUAUGUGCUAAGCAAGUCCUUGGAUCAUCCUCACCAUCGCCAGCCUGUCCCGCCAUCCCGGGGCCACCCCGGCUCCACCGGCCCCUCACAACCGCUGCCCCUACGAGACCCCACCCGCUCCGACACGCGCUGCCCCUUUAAGACCACGCCUACAGCCCAGUUUGACUGGCAGCCGUAG